UGGGAUUAAGAUGCACGCUUAUAAAUUUGUAGCAGAGUUCUCCUGAAAAAGUACUUCCUUUCUAUGAACUCCGAUAAAAUAAUUCCUUUCUACUCUUCAGAUCAACUUAGGGUAGGCGGCUUGGAACUUAAUAACGAUCUCUUUCUUCCCUGUUAGUUGAUAUCGAAGUUAAAGCUUUAUCCUUUCUGUACUUUGAAGAAAGAUUCAUAUCGGAAGGACCUCAUUCUGCAUGGUUUUCUCAUUCCUGUGGGUUGCUCGACCUUGGCUUCUCCCUGUUUCUGAGCCUUUGUUGUAAACAAAACCAAAUUCUUUCUCUGCACCGUCGAUUCCUUGCGGGGAUUCAUCAAACUCAUCCAACGCCUUUCUCCACCAGCUUUCGUCAAUUCCUAAUUUGUCUCAACAGAAGAUUAAAGCCCAAGUCCGCUUCUUUUUCUGCUAUCAUCUUCAUUUCUCCACUUCAAAUAGCAAGAAGAAAAGUGACGUUUUUGAUAAGAAAGAGAAAAGAAACCCAUUUCUCUGUAUUUACGAUUCGGUCGAUCCAUUUUGGUUCAAGUUUUGUCUCCAAAAUGGUGUUCAGGUCAUACACCAAUCUCCUUGAGCUCGCCUCAGGGGAGUCCUCCUCCUUGGGAUGGUUCCCACGCCGAAUUCCUCGCGUGGUCACUACCUCCGGCAUUGUUCCUGACCUCGAUUCCGCCUCGUCUUCCCUUUCCUCCUCCCCCGAACCCCGCGAGCGCACCAUCAUCGUCGCCAACCAGCUCCCUAUCCGCUCUCAACGCCUUCAUGGCAGCGGCGGAUGGACCUUCACCUGGGACGAAACCUCCCUUCCUCUCCAGCUCAAGGGCACCACAGUGGACCUCUCCAGCAUGGAGUUCGUCUAUGUAGGCUGCCUCCGCGAAGAAAUCCCCCUUUCUGAACAGGAUGAAGUUUCUCAGACCCUCUUCGAGACAUUCAAGUGCGUGCCCACAUUCAUUCCACCUGAUCUCUUGUCAAGAUUCUAUCUUGGCUUCUGUAAGCAGUAUCUAUGGCCUCUUUUCCAUUACAUGCUUCCUCUCUCAGCAGAGCUUGGAGGCCGAUUCGAUCGUUCUCUGUGGCAGGCUUACGUCUCUGCUAACAAAAUUUUUGCUGAUAAGAUCCUUGAAGUCAUCAAUCCAGAUGAUGAUUUUGUUUGGGUUCAUGACUAUCAUCUUAUGAUACUCCCCACCUUUCUCAGGAAGAGGUUUAAUAGAGUCAAGCUGGGAUUUUUCCUUCAUAGCCCCUUUCCCUCGUCUGAGAUUUACAAGUCUUUGCCUGUAAGAGAUGAGAUUCUAAGGUCUCUGCUCAAUGCUGAUCUGAUUGGAUUCCAUACAUUUGAUUAUGCCCACCAUUUCUUAUCUUGUUGUAGCCGGAUGCUUGGGCUUAGCUAUGAAUCAAAACGGGGCUAUAUUGGACUGGAGUACUAUGGUCGGACUGUAAGUAUCAAAAUUCUUCCUGUUGGGAUUCAUAUGGGUCAACUAAAAUCAGUGUUGUGCUUACCUGAGACCGAGGCGAAAGUCUUAGAUCUGGUUAAGCAGUUCUCGGGUCAGGGUAGGACAAUGCUGCUCGGGGUCGACGACAUGGACAUCUUCAAAGGGAUCAGUUUGAAGCUUCUGGCCUUUGAGCAGCUUCUAUUGCAGCAUCCUGAGUGUAGGGGGAAGGUGGUGUUGGUUCAGAUUGCGAAUCCAGCGAGAGGGAAAGGGAAGGAUGUCAAGGAAGUUCAAAGUGAAAGCAAUGCCAUGGUGAAAAGGAUCAAUGAAACUUUUGGGUAUUUGGGCUAUGAGCCUGUGGUCAUGAUUGAUAAACUAUUGCAGUUCCAUGAGAGAGUGGCAUACUAUGUGGUUGCUGAGUGUUGCUUAGUGACUGCAGUGAGGGAUGGGAUGAAUCUAAUACCUUAUGAGUACAUAAUAUCGCGGCAAGGAAAUGAGAGCUUGGAUAUAGCAUUGGAUUUAAGCUCUUCAACACCGAAGAAGAGCGUUUUGGUUGUGUCAGAGUUUAUUGGUUGCUCGCCAUCUUUGAGCGGAGCUAUUCGAGUAAAUCCAUGGAAUAUUGAUGCUGUUGCAGAUGCCAUGGACUCAGCUUUGCGGAUGCCAGAGCCAGAAAAGCAAUUAAGGCAUGAGAAACACUAUAGAUAUGUGAGUACACAUGAUGUUGGCUAUUGGGCAAACAGUUUUCUACAGGAUUUAGAGAGAAGCUGCAGGGAUCAUAUAAGGAGGAGGUGUUGGGGAAUUGGUUUUGGGCUGGGAUUUAGAGUAGUUUCUCUAAAUGCAAACUUCAAAAAGCUUUCUUUGGAGUAUAUAGUAUCUGCAUACAGGAGAACUGAAACCAGAGCUAUCCUUCUAGAUUAUGAUGGUACUCUAAUGCCUCAAGCUUCCAUUGAUAAAAGCCCAAGCCAACAGUCGAUUGAGAUUUUGAAUAGCCUUUGCUGCGACAAAAACAACGUCGUCUUUCUCGUCAGUGCUCGCAGUCGUAACAGUCUGAAUGACUGGUUCUCUCCCUGUGAAAAUCUUGGCGUUGCGGCUGAGCAUAGCUACUUCUUAAGGCUAAAGAGAGACGCAGAGUGGCAGAAGUGUAUUCCCGCAGCUGAUUUCAGCUGGAAGCAAAUCGCUGAGCCAGUGAUGAAGCUCUACACUGAGACCACUGAUGGCUCCUUCAUCGAAGACAAGGAGACCUCGUUGGUUUGGUGUUACGAAGAUGCCGACCACGAUUUCGGGGCUUGUCAAGCUAAGGAGCUCUUCAAUCAUCUUGAGAGUGUUCUUUCAAAUGAGCCAGUCUCCGUGAAGAGUGGUUCCAACAAAGUUGAAGUCAAGCCUCAGGGUGUGAGCAAGGGCCUGGUUGCUCAGAGGUUGAUUUCAACCAUGAGGGAGAGAGAACUUCUUCCAGAUUUUGUUCUUUGUAUUGGCGACGAUCGCUCUGAUGAAGACAUGUUUGAAGUGAUAACCAGCGCAGUAAAUGGUCCUUCAUUGUCACCUUCAGCUGAGGUCUUUGCAUGCACUGUUUGUCAGAAACCCAGCAAGGCAAAGUACUAUUUAGAUGACACUGCUGAGAUUGUGAGGCUGCUUCAAGGCUUAGCUUCUGUGUCGGAGCAAUCUUUGGGAACUUUCGUUCCUUCUGCAGUAGAACAAAGUUCCCUGGCCUUGCCUACAGGCUAGAAGGCAAAGUUGAAUGUUCAAGCUGGAGGUUUUUUUUGCCCUUUUGAGUGCAUUACACCAUGGUUUUACACCUCGUAUCUUUGUUUAGUUAGGUGAGGUUUCUAUCUCAUGAAGGAAGGUAUGUUUUUGGCUUUCCAUAUAAACAAAGUGUACAUGUGGUUUAUUGAUCAAUCAUGUUCCUUUGUUAUCCUUGGAAA